UGCUAACAGCUACCAGCCAAGCCUCUGGAGUUAGCUACGGAGCUAGCCAUGAGCUAACAAGUAGCUAGCUGAGUCUUUUCAUUUUGCCACCGUAAUUCAGCCCUCGUCAUACGCUGUGCCAAGGUGAACACUGUUUAAUUUACCGGAAUCAUCAUUCAGUCCUUUGUUGCAGCUUCAGUCCAGACUGAUUUUACCUUCCUCGUUUCACAAUCCUUCCCUCCACCUUGAACUUUCUCCCUUUCACACUCAGAUCUCUGGGUACACAGAGCCAUGGCAGCUGCUAAGCCAAAGGGGCAGAACUCUCUAGCUCUUCACAAAGUGAUUAUGGUGGGCAGUGGAGGAGUGGGGAAAUCGGCCCUCACUCUCCAGUUCAUGUAUGAUGAGUUUGUUGAAGACUAUGAGCCGACCAAAGCAGACAGUUACAGAAAGAAAGUGGUGUUGGACGGAGAGGAGGUACAGAUUGACAUCCUUGACACAGCUGGACAAGAGGACUAUGCAGCCAUCCGGGAUAACUACUUCCGCAGUGGCGAGGGUUUCCUCUGUGUAUUUUCUAUCACAGAACUGGAAUCAUUUGCAGCAACAGUAGACUUCAGAGAGCAGAUUCUGCGAGUGAAGGAGGACGAGAAUGUGCCCUUUCUCUUGGUUGGUAACAAGUCAGACUUGGACGACCGACGGCAGGUUAGCGCAGACGAGGCGAAGGCACGUGCCGAACAGUGGGGUGUGUGCUAUGUGGAGACUUCUGCCAAAACCCGUGCCAAUGUUGACAAGGUGUUCUUUGACCUGAUGAGAGAGAUCCGCGCAAGGAAAAUGGAGGACAGCAAAGAGAAGAACGGGAAGAAGAAAAGUAAAAGUUUGGCCAAGAGAAUUAGAGAGAGAUGCUGUAUUUUAUAGUGGUAAAAGAGAGCAGGAUAGCUGCUUGUACAUAUACAUUUCUCAGACUUUUGCAUUUAUUUUGUGCCCGUACCUGACCAUGACUUUCUGUUCCUGGCUAACAGGACAUCUGACCAUGUGUCAGGGAGUAGUAAGGUGGCACACCAUACACCAUUUAUAGCUCUAACUUUUUAUGUGCUGACACUCCAAAUAACUUAUGUACUCUCUCUCUCUCUUUCUCUCUCUCUCUCUCUCUCUCUCUCUCUCUCUCUCUCUCUCUCUCUCUCUCUCUUACUCUGACCACAUUACAGACUGUAAUAAGUGGAUGGUGUUUUAAUUUAGGCCUAAGCUUGACAAGAGGCUAAGCCCUGAAAUGUUACAAAACCUUUCAUUGUAAAGUUUGAUGUGUAUAAUAUAUUCAGACAACUGUGCGGUGCAAAUUCAAAAGAAAAGAGAAAAUGAAAGUGUCAGAGCCAAGGUUUAAAUGGGGAAAAUACAACUGGAGUUCAAAACUGGAAAGCCCCACUUCAUAUAAUUAGUCCACCGUCUUUGGUAGGAAAUGUAAGUUAACAGACUCAGCAGUGUAGUGUCAACCCAGUAUUCAUCAAGUGCCACAAAAGUACAUUGCACUGGUGAAUCUCGGCAGCAUUUUAAUUGAAAGAUCAUUGCGUUAAUCAAGCCAGAUUUGAAAUUUGAUGCCAUUCCUGUUUGUUGUUUUACUCCUCAAUUUUACUAUGUGGUAUGGUUAUCAGCACUUAUUUUUAUCUGUAAAGUGAAACAUUUUCUUUUUGUUUUCCUCCUAUCAUAUCAACCAGUGUAAGAUGAGCGCACUAACAUUUCCAUUUUCUUUCCCCUUCCACUCACUUUGUUGAGUCUUCUCAAAUGCACAAACAACAUUAAUCACAACCCUUAAAUCUGUGAGGGAUUUUACAACACUUGAACUUUUUUCAAUUCUAACAUUUCAGAAGUUUUACCUCACUUGGCUAAUGACUUUCAUUGCCUUUGUUUUUGCGAUGACGGAAUCCCUGGUGCUCUGAUAAAAGGUGAUUCCAUAACACUACAUCCUUUACAUGCUGUCUUGAUAAAAUAAUCUUGAUAAAAUAAAUUGCUUCCAGACAUGUAAAGAUUUCUUUUGCCAGUUUUGCUUUUCCUGGCUUAGAUAUUUAAUUCCCCUCUUUUUUUAUGUAUUUCUUAAAAUUGGGACUGAAGUGGGAAGAAAUUAAUGGAUAGAAUAAUUUUAAGAUAUAAAAUUUCAGAAAUCAAUGCAGGCUUGAGAGAAGUAAAGUGGUUCUUGUCCAAAAAAAGUUGCUCUCAGUCACCAAAGAAAUACGCUAGCUAGUACAAACAAGUGCCCGCUUUGUAAUUGAAGUGAAUGAUAACUUACUAUAGUGAGCAUCAGAAGUUAGCACCACAGUGUUUGUGCAGAAAUUAUCUUUGUAAAACAGAUGGGGGCAAAGGUUGAAGGGGUGUGAGGGGAAGUGAAGGGAUUUCAUUCUAAACGGCUUGGGAAAGAAGUGCAAGGUUACGAGGGCUUUAGUAAUUCAUGCACAGUGCAUCACUGUUGCCUCUCUGUCCAUUGUGAAUGUGAAUAAUCCCCACAUGCUCAUCCUGUUUGCCUGUAAUCUUAGGCUGCCAACAAUGUGCAGAGUUUAGAGGUCACUGACAGUCUUCUUUAUCUGUUACAUUUUGUGCAAGCCUGCCCUGUGAUAUGAUGCUGUAGUGACAUCUUAAUGAAAUACCUAUUAUUUUCCCUUCGUCUUGCUUAUGUAGGUGAAUAAUUUCACAAGCAAGUGAAGAUAAAUGCAGCUUACAAAUUGGCAAAAUGAGAAUGUAGUACAUGACUAACAACUAAAUUGCACAGACUAAAACACACCCAUGAAAUCUGCUACUCGAUUGUCAUGACUGAGCCACUCUUUUUAACUCCAGAAAACUUCUAACUUAUUUUAAAAUAACUUAUUUUUUUCAAUAUUUUAUUAAAGUCCGACAACCAUCCAGAGGUUUUUGCCACGUCUCACUCUGAUCCAGUGUAGGUCAUUAACGUAAGAGUAAACGUGAGUGUGUGCAACAGCAACAUGAUGCCCAACACUGGAGCCUAUGCAAAAAUUAUUGUCGUAAUUGCAAACGAGAUGAGAAACUUGGACAAAGUUCAAAACAUUGUCAGUGUCUGCAAACUACUUUUAAUAAGCCAGAGUGCAGUAGAAGCACUUGAAGCUGAAUGCUGUUAAAAGAUCCGACCACAGCUUAGAAAAUCCAACAUCGUCCUGGACUUGUGAAGCGUAACACUGGUGUAACAGUGUUACCAGACGAACACUAAAGAAUUUUUGGUUUUGAUUACAUGCUUUGUUGUACAUUUCAUUGUGUUAAUUGUGUUAAUCAAAAAGAGAGCAAUGCAUUGGAAUGUCUGUGGGAUUUCAUAUUUACUGAAAAGCACACAGUAGAGAGUUUUGGAGUUUAAAAAUGGGAGGGUGAGACUGGAUAUGUGAGAGGUUGUGAGGCAAGCUAAAUAUUAGGAACCCAUGGCAUCAGAAUGUUCAGAAAGCUGUUUGGUUUAAUAAAUCCUAAGGGCUAACCUCCAGUACACCAUACCAUGAUUGAAACACCCCAACAACACAGGCACAAAAACUGACAGUGUAAUAAUCAUAGUUAUUGCAUAACUUAGCUUAUGGCCAUUACAUUAAUUAAGUGCUGUGUGUCAACAUUGUUGAUGACUGCAGAAGCUUCUAUACUUCUAUAAGUGACCACCAUAGUGCUUGCUUACUCGAACAUUGGCUUAACACAUCAGUGUUGUCAUACUUGUUUCAGUGCUUUUUCAGAUGUUAACAUAAUUCAUAAAAAUUAUUUUUCUCUGUCUUCAUGAACAAUUUAAUAUGCUUGAUGGCCCACAUAUUUUCAACUGGAUACUAAAGCAGAUGUUUGUGUGAAAGCUAGGAGCAAAUUGUCCUACUGGGUAUUCAAAUAACUUGUUUUGCCUUUUAUAUAAAUACCCUUGGAAUAAUAAGAAAAAAAGGUAUCUAUGUCUUUGAUUGGAUGGUUGUAUGUAUGCCAUCAGUUAAAUGUUUCCUUCAUGUUUACUUAUUUUAAACAUAACCACUAAUGUAGCCUAUUUGUUUGUGAAUGCAAGAGGUGAAGCUUACAUUUCAAUUCAUUUUUUUGUGAGUUAUUUGGAAAUGGCAAAUAAAGUGGAUAUUACUAAUAACA